CUCUAAGUCGUUGCUUUAAUUCAUGAUUCAUAAUUAGGCUGCCGUAGUUAUCAAAAUGAAUCGGCAUCAUAAAUUAUUGUUAACGGACGAAUCCUACACGCGGUGGAUAGAAACGCUGCAAAACGCUAUGCAAUCAUUUCAAGAGAAAUAUAGCUCAGCUAAACACUUGCUUCGCAAUGAAAAUGAACGUGUUCUUAGACGGAUGAGGUUCCUAUUUCCUAUUGUAUGUGAACAAUUAUUGUCAGUUUUGUACGCGUACAGUAAACCAGGUAUCAUAGAUGAGUCCAGAGAUCCGCAAAUCACGCAACAUUUUUACGAAGAUACGCUGAAAACACUCCUGGGUCUAGAAAGAUCGUGUGAGGAGCAUCUAUUACGGUUGAAAAUCAAUUUGCAGACAGCAAUAGACAAACGUGCUGAACCACCGUUCAAUCUAUCUUUGCGAAACAUAAAGAAAGCUUGCGGAACAUUUGUCACCGCCGAUUCGCACGAUGAGACGGAUAACAAAAUACCCUGCCGCUGUUUUUGGGAGAAUGUACCACCAUGGAAGCUAGAAAACAUUCAGAAUGUUUUAGGUAAACCGCAGGAGACCAUGCAAUCAGAAUUCGAUCUGUCCGAUGUGAAGUUCAAACAGGAUAUGAUGUAUCUCCGAGGAAAAAUGUUACGUCUACCUAGAAAGCUAGACGAUCAAUCCGAGGGUCAUAAAGGGGCUCGCCGAUUGACAAUGAAGCAAUCGCAGACGGACACUUUCAGUGAAAUCCGCAAAGAAUACGAUUCGUUCAAAUCGUUUUCCAUGAAGGAUGAAUUAUCGAAGAUACACAAUCUAAAAUUCAGUGACGGAAAAUUCGUGGAUUCUCUGCUUUGGAUGAAAGCGUUAGACCUACUUGGAAACCAAUACAGCACAAAGUGGUAUGUGGUGUUAUGUCCACAAAUUGAGAAGAUUCUGUUGGAACGUCAUAUACCGACUUUGCAUUUCAAUCCGAGAGCUACUUUCAAUUUUCUGUCCAAUAUUCACGAGAAUGGGGCGAACUUUAUAUUGUUUAAGGAUGACUUGAUACCUCUUUUACAAGACGAUGAGGAAAGUGUCUGGUUGUCCUCUUGGAAAUUGCAGCUUCAAACAGUGCACAAGCAAGUCAUCGCGGCAACUCUCAUACAAACUUAUUAUCGUGGUUACGUGAUACGGAAGAAGAUAAAGGAAUCGCACCAGCUCUACAUAGCCGCCAAUGUCUUAUGGUUAAACUGGCUGACAGUUCAGAAGAAAAAGGAGAUAUACGAGCGUUACCUGCGCAAUAUGUUGAUAUCGAUGCAAACAACUCGAGAGCUAUCCCUAAAAUUGAGCAAAGAAUUCGUCGCUAUAAUCAACAAGCCGCACGUGGUUCUGCAUCUAACGUCCCUAGGCUACCCCAUGGAGUUACGUCGGCCGUACGAACCGAAACGUUUCGCCAUGAUACAAAACAUGAAUAUCUUGAAAAUCUGUUUCGUUCGAAACCCGAACUCCGAAGUGAUCUACAUCAUGGCCGCGAAACCCACCCCGGAGAUGCUGACGAUGUAUACCGACUUCAUCGAAUCGAUGUCUCAAGAUAAAGACAUCAUGAAGCGGAUCUGCUUCGUCGCCCUCUCCGAAGGCGGUACCUUUCGUAAUCGUACGCUGAACGUCUCGAGGAUUCUGCAUUGUUCGGAGGAGUCCCUUCGCGAGAUCAGGAAGAAGAUCGCCGGCAAGCCCGCGUACUUUUUACCCUGGGUUAUCGACGAGUGCGACAUGAGAUUAGCCGGGAACCUGGGCGUCGCCUUGUUGAGCCCGGACAUGGAGAUCCAACGCAAGUUCUUGCAUAGAUCGAACAUGGCCAGCAUGAUCGCCGCGAUGGGGCUGUCGCAAGCACCUUAUUACGGCGACAUUUACAAUUACGAAACCCUUUGCUCCAUGCUGGCCCGCUUGAUCAUCGAUCACACGGAAGUUUGCGUAUGGACGUUGAAACUGAACCUGGGCUCGCUUUCCAAGCAUCGCGGCAAAUUCCUUAUCAAUCACAUUAGCAUCCCGUUCAUGCCGAGCAUACGGAAGGAGCGAGAAAGAUUUGGCGACGAAUGGGGGCCGAGCUGCGAACCGCGGAACACAUUCCUCGCGAAGCUGCAGGAACAUUUGCCAACCGUGGUCGCCGAUGGCACACGAUUGUCAAGACUCUUCGACUCCUGGAAUGAAUUCUACGUUCACAUACAGAAAUUCGGCUGUCUGCUGCAGGGUACACCCAGGAAGAAGGAUGGGAAAAAGAUUUCCGUUAGCCUAUUUGUUCCCAAAAAGGGGACCAAAGGGAAGCUGAAGUGGCUGGGAACCGCCGACAUCUUGCGCUUGGACCUUCACAUUUCUGCGACGAAUGUUUUCAUGAUGCCGCAAACGUCGUUAAACAACAGUAAACUCGAACCGGAUAUAAACAAAUGUGCCAGAGGAUUGCAAAAGGAAGGUUAUUUCGGUUACAUGACCAUUGAAUGUUAUUGCUACAUGGACAAACAUAGUGACAAAUUAAUCGUCCUGAUGGAGAAUGUACACCCGUUUUAUUCGUACGUGCAGAGUUACAUGGACUGGAUGAAAUUUGCAAUUGGAGGAACAUACUUUUCAGAGAAGAACCAUUUUGUCGCCGAUAUUCCACGCCACACUUGGAAAAGGGUAUCGUCGGGGUACGAACAAUACCUAAAAGCAGCGCCCCAAUGGAAUGAAACAACGGACAGAUAUGGAAUCGCAAUUUGUGAACUGGUUAAUUCAAGAUUUGCUACUUAUACUUGGCCGAAACUGAAGAAUUUGAUCGAAAAAUGUGGCAUCGUAUAUAAUUCAGAGAAAAAGGAGGGUUCUGCCAUAUUGUUACACGACGCUGAGCUCAGAACUCAUGGUUUGCUGGUUGCUGUCAGUCCGGCCAUGAGUACAACGAUAUCGAUGGUCCACGAAAAGUUGUCAUUGCUGCAGCAGGUUCUCGCAAAGACAGCGAAGAAGAUAGAGACGAAUAUGACAGAUCUCAUUGAUUAUUUCAUGAAAUUAUCUCUCGAUUAUAACGACGAUGCAUCUCAGCCAUGCAGAUGA